UGUUUUAAAAGAAAUCCUACAGGUGUUAUGGGAGCUGCUCUACACAAAGUCAGUGGGAAUCAUCAUUACUUCAAAUUUCCAGCAUUUCACACUGACCUUCUAAAACACAGUCAAGGCUGUCUGGCUCUGACCAGGGGCGGACUGACAACUCAUGGGGCCCCCGGGCAAUAGGGGAUCAUGGGGCCCCUGUUUCCUUGCCCACACUCAAACCACACUCAAAAAAGCCUAUGAAAAGGUACCAAGGGGCAUCUCAUGGGGCCCCCUACUGACCCCAGGCCCUCGGGCAGUGC